CGGAGCGUCUCUUCUGCUCUGAGCGCCAGUGAGGCGAACAGCACCAUGACUGCGAACGCAUACGAUGUGAUUGUGAUUGGCGGAGGCAUCUCAGGUCUGAGUGCCGCCAAGCUGUUGGUGGAGAGCGGCCUCAAUCCUGUGCUCCUGGAAGCCAGAAAUCGCGUUGGUGGAAGAACCUACACUGUUCAGAAUAAGGAGACGAAAUGGGUGGAUCUGGGAGGAGCGUACAUUGGGCCCACUCAAAACCGCAUCCUGAGAAUAGCCAAACAGUACGGCGUGAAAACAUACAAAGUCAACGAGGAGUCGUCUCUGGUUCACUAUGUGAAGGGCAAAUCACAUGCAUUCAAAGGGCCUUUCCCUCCAGUGUGGAACCCUCUUGCCUACAUGGACUACAACAACCUCUGGAGGACAAUGGACAAGAUGGGGAUGGAGAUUCCUAAAGAAGCUCCGUGGAGGGCCCCUCAUGCCGAAGAGUGGGACAAGAUGACCAUGCAGCAACUCUUUGACAAGAUUUGCUGGACCAGGGCCGCUCGCCGUUUUGCCACUCUGUUCGUCAAUGUGAACGUGACCUCUGAGCCCUAUGAGGUGUCUGCUCUGUGGUUCCUUUGGUACGUCAAGCAGUGUGGAGGCACUAUGAGAAUCUUCUCUACCAGCAACGGAGGCCAGGAGCGCAAGUUUGCCGGAGGUGCCAAUCAAAUCAGUGAGGCGAUGGCGAGAGAGCUGGGUGACCGUGUGAAGCUGGGCGGAGCUGUCUACAGCAUUGACCAGACUGGAGACCUCGUGGAGGUCAGGACAGUUAAUGAGGAGAUAUACAAGAGAAGGAUCUGUGAGAUUUAUGCUCGUGUGCUCGGCUCAGAAGAAGCAUUACAUCCUGUGCACUACGAGGAGAAAAAUUGGUGUGAGGAGGAGUACUCUGGUGGCUGCUACACUGCCUACUUCCCCCCUGGUAUCAUGACACAGUAUGGCAGGGUCUUGAGAGAGUCAGUGGGCAGGCUGUACUUUGCAGGAACUGAAACAGCCACAGAGUGGAGCGGUUACAUGGAGGGGGCCGUGCAAGCUGGAGAGAGAGCCAGUAGAGAAAUUUUGUGUGCAAUGGGAAAACUCCAUGCGAGUCAGAUCUGGCAGCCAGAGCCUGAAUCAUUGGAUGUCCCGGCCCGGCCGUUUGUCAUCACAUUUUGGGAAAGAAACUUGCCAUCCGUUGGGGGAUUACUCAAGUUCAUGGGCGUGUCCUCCUUCCUGGCUCUGGCCACAGCAGCAGGAGUGGUUGUCUACAAGAAGGGGCUCCUCCCACAGAGCUAAAGCCCCUCCCACUUUCACAACCUGUUCUCUGUGAGCUGGCCUUGUGAUUGUGAUGUUCAGUCAUGGUAUGUGGCCGAGUUGCUUAGAUGAGAUUUGACACACAAUUACUCAGUCAUUGUUAAAAAUUAACCAAGUGAUUAUUAUGGCUUAAUGAGUAGCUACUAAUUGUUAAUGUGGGAAUUGCCCUGUCAAAGAAUUCACAAACUAGCCAUAUUAAAUGAACCAAACGUGUGACAUUCCACAACCAUUCAUUGCGUGUGUGAGAGUGUGUGUGUUUUCCACCAGUCUUAUUGAUUACCUCUGCUAAUUUCAGGUGCUGUUCUCAGGAACUCGUUAAUUAACCUUCCAAAAUAUUGAAGUAACAUUACAGAGAUUAGAUUAGCAUUUAGUCAUGCAUUUUAUUGUCCUCUAUAGCAGAGACUUUGAGAAUAUCUUCUCUACAUCACAACACAACACAACACAACACAGAAGCUGUAUUAGCUUCAGCACAGUUCAAUAUAUCAUUCAUGAGAGAAGCAGAGGCUGUUCAUAUCACAUUCAUUCUCAGCAUACAAAUGACAGUUAGUACAGACUGGCUUGAAGUGAAAUCUAUCAGUCAUAGAGAGCUGAUUUGAAGGUUAUCCCAGUGUUUAAUGUCAUUUCUAAAAGCUACUGUAUGAUUGAAUCAUAUGAAAGCAUUUGAAUGUACUUUUACAUAUUAGAUUUUUUCAUGUAACAGACCAGUGUAUACUUGAAAUAUGAAUUUGUUUUUUGACAUGCAUUCAUUUCCAACCAUCCGUUGUUUAACAAUCCUCUAAUCCCAUAGUAUAUUAUUAGGAAAAAAAUGUUAAUUUGUAGACAAAUAUAAAGGCUUUCCCAGUUUAUCUAAAUGGUUUAAUAAGGUUUUUUUUCUUUUUUCCCAUCUACCAACCUUGUGACAGAUAGAUAGAUAGAUAGAUAGAUAGAAGUGGAAAGUGUCCCUUCCUUCACCUCGGAGCAGUAACCUGUGCAAUAUUAUUUACAGAACCAGUCUAACAUUGUGUAUGGUGAUUCAUUAAAGUUUAUCCGAUUCUUGCCGUCUUCAGUUAUUUAAUUAUAUCUAGCAAAUUAUAUAUAUAAUUGCUGUAUUGGCAAAAGAACAACAAGUGGUAUAUAUAUAUAUAUAUAUAUACU